UCUGUAUACCAUUAGUAAAACUUGCACUUAAUUCAUCCUAGCGUUGUUCGGAAUGGCCGCUUGAAAAGCUGUUAAGUUUUUUACGUUUAUCAUGAAGUUAGGCAUUGGUCUUGUAAAAUACCUAGUGACGUCAUAAGCAGGAGAAUUUAGGUUAUCUGUCAGUUGUGAAAACAACAACCAUUUCGUUAACAAAAUUGUGUUUUUGACAGUGGGACGAAAUGAAAUAAAGAAUUGACAAACUAUAAACAGUUAAGUGCCUUCUCAACUAGAAAUAGGUACUUUUUAAUAGACACUCAUUUUGUUCAUCGUCAGAUAUUUGACAUUUAAGUAGGAUCACAGUUUAAAAAAGUGAAAAGAAACAACAAAAGAAGAGAGAAAUACUAUGAAUCAAGACAUUAUGCAUUGUCUUUCUGUUGACCAAUGGGCAGGUCUCAAAGAAGUGUUCAGAAAUGAUUGGCCCAGAGGUAUUACGGGGUAUUAUGCCGUGGAUACUUUGUCCAAAUGGAUGAAUCUAGGUUUGAACUACGGCUUCAAAGUACUAAACCCAUUUGGUAAACCGGAAAACGGUAUGAUUGCGGUUAUAAAAGAUGAGACUGAAUUUAUAGAAAUGCUAAUAGAAUGUCCACAAGAUGACACGAGCAAACUUGAGGAAGCAUUAAAACGUACUCAGCUAAUAGACUGGAGCAGAGAGAUAGUUGUCCUGUUCCCUCCUCGUCACGUCGUAGAAGGAGUGAAGAGGAUAACAGGAGAUAUUAACAUGGAAGUCCAGUGGAUUCACCCACUCAAGCUAUAUAUUCUGAGCAAAGAAAGCCCUCUGUAUGAUGUGUGCCCUCCUCAAGACCUGACCUUUAAACAUCUGACAGAAGCCCACAUCACCCUGGUCAAUGACACAUGGCCACAUCGCUACCCUGGCUCCACCAUAUACUUCCAACUCCUCAUCGCCAGCAAAUCAGGCUACGGACUCUUCAAAGACGGCCAGCUCCUAUCCUUCGGGUUUGUUAAAGAAAUGGGUGCUUUGGGCCAUUUGUAUACCCUAGAAAACUUCAGAAGAAAAGGUUACGGAGAAAUGGUUACGAAAUUGAUUUGUAAUGAAAGGUUGAAGGAAGGGAAUGAUGUGUUCUCGUUUUGUAUAGAGGACAAUGAGCAGUCGUGUAAGAUGCACGAGAAACUUGGGUUUAAGGAGUACAGUACAGUGUUUUCUAUGCAGUUGAAGCGAAAAGUUUGAUGGUCUACUAAAAGUUAACUCAAGCAGAAAAAAAUCCUAUAAUAUUUCUUAAUGUAUUCUCAAUCUUUUAAAAGUAUUGAUGUCGAAUUUGUAUAAUAAAAAGGUAGGUUUUUGAUAAAAUAUGCUAAAUGAAUUACUUAAGUUGUUAAUAAUUUAGAAAAUGUAACAAAUAAUUUAGAUA